AUGUCAAAUGCUGAUGUUAAUACUACUACUAAAGUUUUUAAAAUGAAAGGACGUGAAUUAUUUAACCAUAUAAAUAAGCCUACCAAAAUUGUUGCACCAAUGGUUGAUCAAUCUGAAUUAGCAUGGCGUAUCCUUUCACGUCGUUAUGGUGCAACAUUAGCAUACACCCCCAUGUUUCAUGCGAAAUUAUUUGCUACAUCUGAAAAGUAUGGAAAAGAUAUGUGGAGUGAAUAUGAUGGUGACAAAGAUAUAGAUAGACCACUUGUUGUCCAAUUUUGUGCUAACGAUCCUGAUUAUCUUUUACAAGCUGCAAAAUUAGUUCAAGAUAAGUGUGAUGCAGUUGACUUAAAUUUAGGUUGCCCUCAAGGUAUAGCUAAAAAGGGACAUUAUGGUUCGUUUUUAAUGGAGGAAUGGGAUUUGAUUCAUAGUUUAAUUAAAAAGUUACAUGAUAAUUUAAAUAUUCCAGUAACAGCUAAGAUUCGUAUUUACGAGGAUAAAGAAAAAUCUUUAGAAUAUGCAAAGAUGGUCUUAGAUGCAGGUGCUCAAUUUUUAACUGUUCAUGGUCGUAUAAGAGACCAAAAGGGCCAAAAGACUGGGUUGGCCAAUUGGGAUACUAUUAAAUAUAUAAGAGACAAUCUUCCUAAGGAAACUGUUUUUUUUGCCAAUGGUAAUAUCUUGUACCCAGAAGAUAUUGCUCGUGGUAUGAAUGAAUUACAUUGUGAUGCUAUCAUGAGUGCGGAGGGGAAUCUUUAUAAUCCUGGUAUAUUUAAUACAGAUUUCAUCAAUGAUAAGGAUAAGAUUUUCCCUAGAGUAGAUAAGAUUAUCAGAGAAUAUUUUGAAAUUGUCAAGAAAUAUUCUGAUAAAUCUAAUGCAUCAAAGAUUGCAAUGAAAUCUCAUUUCUUCAAGAUAUUAAGACCGUUUUUAGGGAACCACACCGAUAUUAGAUCUAAAUUAGCUUCAUUAAACGCAAAGAUGCCAUUUGAUCGAUGGGAAAAUGAUGUUGUUAAACCAGUAGAAGAUAUUGUGGAAGAGAUAUUUAAACAAGAAGAUAUAAAAGAAAAGGAUGUUAUAAUUGUAGGAGAGAAACAAAUGUGGGGUGGAUCUUAUAGAACAGUACCAUAUUGGAGAUGUCAACCAUAUUUCAGGCCAGUAAAUGGUGUUACUGGUGAUAAGAGAGUAAUUGAGAGUUUAAAACAAAACGUUGAGGUAGAAAGAGUAAAAAGAGAGAAUGAAAUAGAAAGUUUAAAAAGAAAAAGCGAUGAACUUGUGAAAAAUGAAACUAAGCAAGUCAAGGUAUGA